GUUUCACAGCCACACAGCCAUUGUGUUAGAUGUAGCACCAGAUUUCUUGCUGCCUGUUGCUAAGGGAGAAAUACUGGCCCCAUUUAGGGUUUCCAUAGAAUCACUGUGGAAACACAAGGGUAAGCCAUAAACUGUACAGGAAACCUCCCAGACUGACAAAACAAACAGAGAACAACGGGCAAUGGAAACGGUUGUGGUUCUUGGUGCAGAUAAGGACCUGGGGCAGAGUGUCGUCCAUGCCCUGCUCCAGGAUGGCUCUUUCGCAGUGAGAGCAGCAGUCCAGGACACAGGGAGCCCUCUGGCCCAGCAGCUGCAGCAGGCUGGCUCUCAGAUAGUCGCAGUCAACUUCAAGAGUGCUUCAGGGCUUCAGGAGGCCUUAAGGGGAGCUCAGAAAUGUUUUGCUUCGACCACAACGGAUUUUACAGACAUGGAUGCAUUAAAGAAUGAAAUUCACCAGGGGUAUUUGAUCGCGGACGCUUGCAAACAACACGGACUAAAGCAUGUGGUGUUUCAAGGGGGUCAUCAUGUGCACAGACGAUAUGGCUUCCCAGCCAGACACAUGGAUGCCAAGGCUUGUGUCAAUGACUACAUGAACGAGAUCAGCCUGCCCAAGACUGAGCUCAUCCUACCCUUUCUGUACGAGAGUUUCCUGACGACGUUCAAGCCCAAACCCGCGGGACCUAACUUCUACAAGCUAGACAUUCCUGCAGGAGAAACCCCUCUGGAUGCCAUCAGUGUCAAGCAUGUUGGUCUGAUCGCAAGUGUAUUACUGAAAAACUCCCACAAGUGGAUUGGGAAAAGCUGUCCGCUAUCUGCUGAGAGACUGACUGUUGACCAAUAUGCAACCACCUUAAAUGAACACUUGCAACCCAGGCAGUUCAAAGAUUCCAGAAUAUCUGUGAGAAUGUUUGUGGAAAACUAUAAUGGAGCUGGGGGAGAGGACUUGGGCAACAUGUUUGAAUUCUGGAAAAAAGGAGCCCAGAAGACGAAUGUAGCUUUAACGCACACUCUGUGUCCCGAAACUCAGAGGUUUUCUCAGUGGGUCUCUGAAAACAAAGAUUUGAUCAUCAACAGGCUAGAACAGCAUCCUCUGUGAAGUGUUUUCAGACCACAUGGGAUUGCCUUUUCAGUUUAGCAGAAUAAGGUCUACAAAAAUGCAUAGAUAGAAGCCCAUCUAUGGUGUAUUUGCGAGGGUAUAAUCUGUGCCUGAAGCACACAUAUCUAAGAUUUAAAGGAACACAUAAAUGCCAUGUUGAGACUUUGACUGCUGAGCCUUUUCCAGGUGUCACAACAUUGCCAAACCUUUGUGUUUCUUCUCUUCAUUUUGCAACAUAGAAAUAAUAUUUACUUGUUCCUCUGUAGCAAAUGUACACUGUCACAGUCCCCUGCUUAAACAUAUUCCAGAUUUACCCAUGCAUUUACUUUUUGUUACAUUCGACACUUAAAACAGCCUCGCUGAUGGUAUUCACAAUGUCACAGCAAGCUUAUGGUCAAGCAAAAAUACUAUGAAUUUCACAUUUAAAUUUCAGUGUCAAAAAAUCACUAGAUAAUAUAACAUCGGCAAAUUGCUACCUUAGCUACAUGAAAUAAUACAUCCAUACUGUUAGUUCAGUAGAAUGUGUAUAGCAAUAUUGCCAAAAGUAUUAUUUUUAUUGUAAAAGUGAUAAUCUUUGCAUGGUUGGUAAGAAUUUAAACAGUGUUCUGAAAUUACAUAAAACCUGCUGUUGCCAGAUUUACACUUUCAGUCUAUAACCUAUUCUUGAGUCUAGUAAGAGGACUCAAUAGAACAAGUUGUUUAUGCAGGGGUAAAUACAGUAUGCUGUAGGCCUUUCUGACCUUUGCACAAUAAACAUGCAAUAUAAAUCCAUUGAAAACAG